CACUUUUUGGUUCACGUUGAGGUACUAGCAAAGGAACCGCAUCUUAUUUGUUAAUAUCAUUUAUGCACCUGUUGUCAUCAAAUGUUUGAUAUAUCUCUUCGUUGUUAUCCCGUCUGACCUUAAAAUAGCAGGAGGCAGGAUAGCAUCCAUUGUAUAGUUGAAUGAGCAAGUACCAUAUAUUCAAUUGGACAAAUAGCACUAUUGUACUUCACGCCAUCAUCUCUCUCUCUCUCUGUUUGGCUUUUAUUGGUUCUUUUUGCUGUUUUUCUGAGGGAAUGCCAUUUGUUUUUGCCAAUCAUUAAGUGCUGAUUCUGUAUGGUUUAAUAGUUUAAGUUUAAUCUAAAUCAUUUAUCUUCUUUCCUACAAUGUGGUUAUUCUCCGCAAUACAGGUGUGGGAUGCCCGACAGCGUUCUUGCUGCAACACUUUUAAUGCUCAUGAAGAAUACAUUUCAGAUAUGACGUUUGCCUCUGAUUCCAUGAAGUUACUAGGAACGAGGUUCAAACUCGAUCAGUGUUUUCUGAGGAUGAGCUUCUUUCUGUGGUGGUUAUGAAGGUUAAAUUUACCAAUUGUAUUCGGAAGAUAACUCAUUAAAAUGACAUGUAUUCUUGGGGAUUUUUCAAGGAUUGCAGUGAUCGCUUCAUUGAUCUCUCUCCUAACUCUGUUGAUGCCUUGCUGAAGAGUAAUAACUGGAUCCGAGAUGGAAUAAUCAGCUUGGUAGGCAUAUUGCCAAACAGAAUAAUCCAGCCAAUUGCAGAGCAUUCUGAAUAUCCCGUGGAAUGUCUUGCUUUUUCUCAUGAUAGAAAGUUCCUUGGCAGCAUAUCUCAUGAUCAGACAUUAAAGCUAUGGGAUCUGGAGGAUUUAGUUCAAGGUUCAGUACAGAAUCAUUCUGCUGUGGCAGACAGUGAUAGCGAUAGCGAUGAGAUGGAUGUUGAUGAUGGUAUUCAAAAAUCUUCAAAAGGGACAAAAACGAAAAAUGCCAGCAAAGGGAAAAAUUUUAGCAAUUCGGAAAAUUUCUUUGCAGAUCUAUAGUAAUGCAGUUGGAUCAUCUACACAACUCCGUUCCGAGGGUGACUUUUCUAUAGAAGGUGAUCAAUGCACUGAUUUUAUGUUUGAAUUUGGUUCUCUGUGGUGAGAAUAGGGCCGGGCCAGACUGCAGCAAGUAAUACCUAUUUUUUUAUUUUUAUUUUUUUCCGAAUCUGGAGGGAAGGAGAACAAAUUUACAUAAACCUUUAUUGAUUUGUUUAGGAGAUUGGCACGUACUGUGUAUAUUAUCGAUAUUUUGUAGAACGUUUUGUAUUAUGAAAGGGAUCAUUUCCC